AAAAGAGAUCUAGUUGUACUACCUUACAUACAUAUGUUUUUUAUUAUUAUUAAGGCCUUUGGACAAAAAAAUGACCCGUCACGUCAAUGACCCGUCCACAGCAGCAUUAUGUUUAAGAGCAUGCAGCACGUUUCUAAAUGUAACCGCAGUGCACACUUUAAAGCCAGAUGUAUUUUGAUUGGCUUUCAAUGUUUUUAUCAUUCAUCAGUUGAAAAAAAAAAAAAUCACUCUGAAAAUGAUUCCAACAAUAUUGUUUUUGUUUUUGUUAUCGUUGUAGUGUGGACUCUAUUUUUAAAACUUUAUCCUUACAGUUCUUGGUGUAAUCUGUCUUUAAAGUCGGCAUGUAAUUUGUUAGUUUUUAUUUAAUUUGAGUUAAUUUAUGUUUAGGACUGUGUGUUCUUUAUUAUUAUAUAUUUAAUCUUAGCUGAUGUGGUGAUUAAUUUUAUUAUUAGCUGGGUGUUUGUUUGUUUUAUUGUUUGUAAUUAAGUGUUUGUAAUUGUUAAGUGUGAGCUACUGGAUGUUUGAAUUUAUAUAAAGAAUUUAUAAUAUAUAGAAACGGAAGUUACAAUAGUCUUUUCUUCCCUGUUGUGAUGUAUAUCGAAGUGAAACAGCUUCGCAAACAAGAAAAAAUGUAGGGUGGGACUUGAAUUUGUCCAUGGCAAAUUGAUUGGUUGCUGAUGUCAUGUGAAUGACAGGUUGUCCCGACCUCAUGACAGUAAAAAUGUCAUCAGAGAAGAAGAGGGAGGGGAAGUUAUUUUGAUUAAAGAUUUUGGAAACGUGAAUAAAAAAAAAUGUAAAAGAAGUGCACAAAUAAAUAAUAAUAAUAAAUAGCCUGUAUUUCAUUAAAAAAAGUAAUAAGAAUUGUCAGUUUUGAUGUCAUGGUAACUAAAUAGCAAUAACGCUUAUGUUUAUUAAUAAUAAAAUGAUUAUUUAUGACAGAAUUAUCUGUUGUCAGAGUUCGCCCCGCGUGGGCCGCGUGUAGAAAGUUGUCAGGGGCCCUAACGACGCCCGUUGUCUAUUUCUAUUCUGGGUUUAAGGUCCGAGUGGGACUCGAGCGCUCUCUUGACGGGCCAUUUAACAGCAGCCAAAUGAGCGCAAGAGUCUCGUCAUGAAUGGAGGAGCGGGCACACCUCCUCAACCCCUUUGUCCCAACGCAAAAAUCCACUUAGGCACCCGGCGGUAAUCAAUUUAGACGCAGAUGCGCGAGAAUAAAAGAUGAAUGCGAUCUGUAAUCCGCAACACCUGCUCCGCUGCCGGAUCGGUAACGGCACUCCAAACAAAGGCUCUAGCUGGAAUUAAAGUGCUUAAUUAAAAGGCCACUGAUCAGCGUGCUAUUUAUAGGCGCACGGCGGGGAGACUCUCCUGGGUUAUUUCUGUUUUGGUGAGUCGAAAGGAAAACAUCAUUCGCUCGUUUCACACACACCACCGAGCGUCAUGCAUGAAGCCUGCCCUACUGCUCGCCGUUUUUCCAUUUAAGACGAGCCCUGUCAGAGCUGCGCUGCUGUCUUGUCUUAUCUUUUUUGAGGACUGGGAGACGUGCUUGGGUUCUCAAUCUCGGGCUGACAUUGCGCAUGCGUGAUCCGGCCGCGGCGCUGAGAUGCAGUUGUGGGAUGCGGAGAGGGGAGUCCCGGCUCUGCGUGGUCGAUGUUAACCUCUUUCUGGGGCCGAACAAACGCUACGGGUGGUCUGUUCCCUGGAGACCGCCUUGAGGAGGGAGGAGAGAGAGAGCGAGGGAGAGAAAAGAGGAGGCGGGUGCUGUCUGCGCUCGUUACAACAGUCACCAACCUGUGGAUGGUGGCGGCGCGUGCUGCGGAUUAGAUACAGUCUCGCGCUGGGGUCAGUGUGCGCGAGCCCGUCUCGAGGCGCGACAGUUGCCGCCAGGACCGCGACAACAAGUGCUGGACAUGCGGUGCUUGUGAAGAAGAGCUCUGGCUGUAUGAAUGGCCCCGCUAUGGACGAAGUUCCGUUUCCCAGAGUCCGCACGCGGCGGAGGAAAAGUCGCUGCUUGGCCGGUGCGUGCGAGCGCGAGUUUGACUGCAAGGAGCUCGAGACUCUCUUUCAGAAGUACAACCUGAAGCUCGAGCAGAACGCCACGCUCAAAGCGCUGGCCAUCCUCAUCCUCGCCGCGUCCGCGCUGGCGCUCGUGGAGCUGCUGUCCGCCGGCUCGCGCUUCACAGUGUCCAAGGGCUCGCACCCGGUCCACUGCGUCAUCUUCACCUCACUCUUCAUCGUCACCAACGUCAAAUAUCUGCAGGUCACGCAGCUGCAGCAGAUCGCGCGACUCGCGCUGCUCUUCAGCUUCACGUUCGCGCUGCUCUGUUGCCCGUUUCCUCUCGCGCUGGGUCACGGGACGCAGGGCGCGCAGGGGCCUGACGCACCGAGCACAACACCUGAGCAAGGUGUCUGGCAGCUGAUGCUCGUUACUUUCGUUGCCUACUCUCUGCUACCGGUCAGGACGCUCUUGGCGGUUUUGUUCGGCAUCCUGGUGGCUGCGUCGCAUUUCAUCGUGACGGCGACGUCGUUAACGGCGCGUAGACCUCGAGUGUGGACACCGCUGGUAGCGAACGCAGUGUUGCUGGUCGGUGUGAAUCUGUCGGGUGUGUUUGUGAGAGUCCUUACUGAGCGUGCCCAGAGGAAGGCCUUCCUACAGGCCAGAAACUGCAUCCAACAGCGCCUGCAACUAGAGGACGAGAACGAGAAACAGGAACGCCUCCUAAUGAGCCUACUGCCCAGGAAUGUUGCCAUGGAGAUGAAGGAGGACUUCCUGAAGCCACCAGAAAGAAUCUUCCACAAGAUAUACAUCCAACGGCACGACAACGUCAGCAUCCUGUUUGCAGACAUUGUCGGGUUUACCAGUCUAGCUUCCCAGUGCACGGCCCAAGAGCUGGUCAAACUACUGAACGAGCUCUUUGGGAAAUUUGAUGAGCUCGCUACAGAAAACCAUUGCAGGAGGAUUAAGAUCUUGGGAGACUGUUAUUAUUGCGUGUCGGGCCUGACCCAGCCCAAAGCAGACCACGCUCACUGCUGUGUGGAGAUGGGUCUGGACAUGAUCGACACCAUCACGUCUGUUGCGGAAGCGACCGAGGUGAACCUGAACAUGCGUGUGGGUUUGCACACGGGCCGCGUGCUGUGCGGGGUUCUGGGGCUCCGAAAGUGGCAGUAUGACGUCUGGUCCAAUGACGUCACACUGGCCAACAUGAUGGAGGCAGGAGGACUGCCUGGGAAGGUUCAUAUCACCAAGGCAACGCUGGAAUGUCUGAAUGGAGAUUACGAGGUGGAGCCGGGCUUCGGCCACGAGAGACACGCUUUCCUCAGCAAACACGCCAUCGAGACGUUCUUCAUCGUACCCUCACACAGACGCAAAAUUUUUCCUGGGCUGAUCCUAUCAGACAUAAAACCAGCGAAAAGGAUGAAGUUUAAGACAGUCUGUUACCUGCUGGUGCAGCUCAUGCACUGCAGAAAGAUGUUCAAGGCUGAGAUCCCUUUCUCCAACGUCAUGACCUGUGAGGAUGAUGACAAGAGACGAGCGUUGCGAACAGCUUCUGAGAAACUGCGCAAUCGGACGUCAUUUUCAGCGGGAAUGGUACAGAACUCUCCCGGGACCAGAGUGAACCGUUACAUCGGCCGUAUGAUAGAAGCACGACAGACGGAGUCUGAGACGGCAGACCUCAACUACAUUACCCUAACAUACAGGAGCAGAGAGAGAGAGCAGAGAUAUCAGCAAGUGUAUGACGAAGCCUUCAUCAGUGCGGUGGUUAUCUCGCUUGUCCUCGCUUCAUUUUUUGCAGUGGUCUAUUUUCUCAUCAUUCCUCAAGGUCUUCUGGUUGUGAUUCUUCUGGUUCUCUGUUUGUGUUUCCACAUGGCAAGUGUGAUGUACCUUCACAUCACUCAUGUGCAGUGCUCCCCUGACUGUCUGACCCUGCAGAUCAGAACAGUUCUGUGUGGGUUUCUGGUUCUGCUGAUGUACUCCGUGACCCAGGGGUGUGUGGUGGGAUGUGUACCGUGGUCACUGGAGGGGAAUUCCAGUGUCUCCAUGGUGACAGUUGUCACAGUGAAUGGGACCGCUGUGGGCUCCGGGGUGUGCAAAUACACUCCGUAUGUAUUUUUAUCAUGUGUGAUGGCGUCUCUAUCUGUGGCCCUGUACCUUCGUGUGUCAUCACUACCCAAGAUCCUCCUGCUUCUCCUUCUCAACAUCCUCCACACUGUCGUCAUGGAGACCAGCGGCUAUCGGAAGGCCAUAGGAGGUGGAUUCUUUCACACACAUGGCUAUGACCCGGUUCUGGCAAUGCUGUUGUUUUCUGGAGCUCUGGUGCUUCACUGCAGACAGCUGGAUCUUAAACUCAGACUGGACUACCUCUGGGCCACCCAGGCUGAGGAGGAGAGAGAUGACAUGGAGAGAGUGAAGUUGGACAAUAAGAGGAUUCUGUUCAACCUGCUGCCUGCACAUGUAGCUCAACACUUCCUGCUGUCCAACCCACGAAACAUGGACCUGUAUUAUCAGUCUUACUCUCAGGUGGGCGUCCUGUUCGCCUCCAUCCCCAACUUCAAUGACUUCUACAUUGAGCUGGAUGGAAACAACAUGGGUGUGGAAUGCCUCCGGCUGCUAAACGAGAUCAUUGCUGACUUUGAUGCGUUGAUGGAUAAGGAAUGCUACAGAGACAUUGAGAAGAUCAAAACUAUUGGCAGUACUUACAUGGCUGCGGUCGGACUCGUCCCCACUGCGGGAUCCAAGGUAAAGAAGUCCAUUUCUGCACAUCUGUGCACAGUGGCUGAUUUUGCCAUCGAGAUGUUUGACGUUCUGGAUGCAAUCAACUACCAGUCCUACAAUGACUUUGUGCUUCGAGUUGGUAUCAACGUGGGUCCAGUGGUUGCUGGAGUGAUCGGGGCUCGCAGGCCUCAGUACGACAUCUGGGGAAACACAGUCAACGUCGCCAGCAGAAUGGACAGCACUGGAGUUCAGGGCAAAAUACAGGUGACAGAGGAUGUCUUCCGCCUACUCUCUGGUUAUUAUCACUUCCUGUGUCGUGGCCAGGUCAGCGUGAAGGGCAAAGGUGAAAUGCUCACCUACUUUCUGGAGGGCCGAACCCCGCAAGACACGCUCCACACGCAAUCCAAGAGUCUGGAACGCGGGUCGAGCCCAUGCAUCCGGACCAAGCUGGGGUCCGCGCCCGCCGUCAGCAGUUACGGUGUGAAAAGUCACACCGUAGGGCACAUCGGCACCCCAAAUAACAGCAUUCUGUACCUGCCCUCCGUAUCCGUCGACAUGGAGAUGGAGGUGUGAUCGGCAAGUAGACGGGUUCGGCGGUGAUCAAUCGAUGCAUUAGUAAAUCAGAGGCAGGGAGGGAAACCGAAUACAAGGUAGGAAGUGGGAUGAAGAACGCGGAGAGACGGGACAGUUUUGCACUGAGGAGAGAAACAUUCAAACUUGCCAAACGGAGAAAGGCCCUGCCCCUUCACGCAAUUACAUAAUAAGCAUGUAUGUCUUUACGUCUGCACGUAUGCGUGUGUUUUAUUGAGUCUUCCCCAGACCAACAGGAUAUCAGGGUCUCCUACACGGGAGCAUGCGAUCUACUGCAAAGGCAGCUUCACACCAGCCGAGGAGACAUGUAUCCAGCGUGUGUGUGUCUGUGUGUGUGUGUGUGUGUGUGUGUGUGUGUUUUAUCUUGCAACUGAAAAUGUCAAGAGAUGCCACGGUGAUGAAUACUUCGAACACGUGAGCGGCGAGGACCAAACGUUCCGAUUCAAAACAGCGCUGUAUUUUGUACAUGACUGAGUCAGGCGACGAAAGGGAGAAACACGUGUUGUUGUUGUUUUUUUUGUUUUUUUUUUAAAGACAAAGGGAAAAAAUGGCUCCUCAUAUUGAGAUGUGCUUUAAAUAAAUUGUUUACACGAAGAACACGUCACGGGUUUACAGACCUGAUAGCAAAGUUAUUCCCAGCUCUUCAAUUUACAGGCACUCGUCUGCGGUUGCGGAGCGAGCGAGAGAGAGAGACAGAAACAGAUCGGCAGAAAUACUAAACAACCGCGGUGAAUCAGAGACUGCAAUGAUUUACUAGCAAACACUAACGCUAUGCUGUUUUGUAAUCAUUUACAGAAAGUCGGUCGAGUCUGUGACGUGGGUAAAUGUUUAACUUUGCGUGGGUUGAAUCAGCACAGUUUUCCUGUAUGUGAUGUGAGUACGCACUUGGUGCUUGGACAAAACAUCUGUAUGCAUUUGCUGCUGCCCUUUGCCCUCUGGGAUAUCCUUUCCAGUAAUAACAUGACAAUAGAGCCAAUGUGAAAUAAUCUUGUGUUUGAUAAGCAUCGAGGACACAAAAUAUCGAUACAGUCGCUUCACUGCUUGAGAAGCCAGCACAAUCGAAGCUGAUAAUAGGCUACUAAAAGCAACCGAAUUGGCGUGAUAUAAGUACAUCUAUUCCACGUAUGUUUUUCAAAGUGGCACUUAGAUCAACGGUAGCAUCUCUCCCUGUGCUCGCGGAACGAUUGAACAUGCAUGAUAUUUUAGUGCUGGAUGUGUCAUGUGCUCUGUAGGUCUUAGGUUAAACAUCUGGAUUUUAGUGCAUCUGUUUCAGAGCAUGCUCUCGGUUUCGAAAGCCUCACGAGCCUCAUUUCAUACGAGCUAAGAAGUAUCUUUUGGUUUACUUUAUGUGCUAUUACUGUAUCUUUGAUAGAUUUCCCACGAUGCCUAGGGAAUGAAGUUUGGCUUCAAGCAUGCCGUUCUGCAUGUCCCUCUCAGCAUGCCGUAAUUCUGUCACGUCGCUCUAUUUGAUGACUGAUUUGUGUCUCUAAUGCAUGCCUACUGCAAAAACAAACCAAGGGUGAAAAGUGUCGAAGAUAUGUUGCGAAACAUGCUUUAGUAGCACUGCAUGAGCCCAGAAUAAUGGCCUUGAUGAAACGAACCAUCUUUUAUUUUAAUCACAAUCUUUAUCCGACGGCGUAUCCGCUUACCUGUUCCAUGCGUGGUGCUGUGGGGAAAGCUUUCUGGGAGUUUUGUAGCAUUGGCGCCUUGUCGAGCUCUUGACGUGACUGCCUUUUUAUCCAGGGUCUGUAAGAAAAAGUGUAUUUCUUUUGAAUAUGUGCCAACACACAUGGUUACCAACAUAUCAAACCAUGUUCUUUUAUAGCGUAACUUUGCGACAUUGUGUACUCUCAUACGGACGUGGGGCUUAAUACUGACUCGCGAAUGGGCUAUUCCUUUUUAUUUCGAUGUUCCUUUCAUGUAUUCAGGAAUGCUCUCUCUCUGAUUAUACUUUUGGCCACAUUUAGCUUCAUUUACCAUCAAUACGGAAUUCCGCAUAUUUAGCGAGGAGUAGUUUUUCGGUUUUUAUUUAAUGAAUAUGAAUGCCAAAAUGCUUAUUGUAACACUGAAUAUUUCAGAUUCUAUGAUCCAACAAAUGUAGCCAAACAGCUAAAUGGUUCUAUUUGAUAUGGCUUAAUAUGAUCUAUUUUGACUACAGUGGCCUAACUUACUGAUGUUAUGAACAUUAAUGAUAUAUUAACUUUAAUAAUGCAUAAAGUGUGCACAGUAAAAUCAUAGAAUAGAUUUUCAUGUCGAUUAGAUAUUUUCAUAUUUGAUACGGGUCAAAAUUAUUGUACGUAUUAAAUAUAUUGUAGAGUAAACAAAAAGAGUAUUUUAUUGAUGAUUUGUAAUAUUUGUGCUAUUUUUGGGGUUGCAAUGUAUUUAUUGAGAUGGUUCUAUGUGAAUGUAAAUUUCAUAUUGAGAUCUUUUAUACUUGUGUUUGCACUGUUCGGGAAUAAAAUAACAACGAGAGAUGACGUUGGGCUUCUGCGUGUUGUUUGCGACGAUCUGUGUUGUCGUGGCCGUGGCCGUGGCCUUGACCUUGAAUAAGGAGACGUCAAUCUAUGGACUGAUUGUGAGAGUGAACGACCGGCGAGUUAUGAUCUUGCAUAACUCGGGAAAAACAACUGGGGCAAACAAGGAAGUCAGUUUGGUCAGUUGAGUCAAUUUGGUAAUAAUUAUUAUUUUAUUUUACCAGUUUCCUCUCCUGCAAAAGCCCAUGCCUUCCUGCCAGGGUAUUCGCAUUAGAUUAGGUGCUUGUAUAUUUGUGCGAACUAAACAUCAGUGAUUCAGAACAUUGAGGCUUUAGGAACUGCCGUAGAUCCGGCCUAUUGUCCCACUUCUCUUUUCUGCAUAUUUCCUCAGUUUUCAGACUGAAAGCGAUUUCCCACAUACAGGAUGUACCCGUUCCGAAGCAUUUUGGGGAACGGGGGAAAACAAAAGAGUCUUAUCAAGCUGGCAUGUGUAAGCAGCAAAUAGACAGGAUGUGGCAUAUCAUACUGCCGGAAACAACUGUAUGAGAAAAAAAAACUCAUAUAUACAAUCACAUCAGGCCAGGGUGUCAGGAUGGAUGGACCUUUCAGCAUGACACAGAGAGAACCACUCUCGUUGCCAAAGUUACCGAUUAUUGUGGUCUUCUGAGGUCAAAUGAUCACUCUUAACUUGCAAUAGUGUCAACCUGACAUGAUCCUAGUAAAAACAACCCUCCACAACAACAGAGGAAAAAUAAAUGCCGUACGACUGCUAAAGGAAUUUUGCCCCCCAAAAAAAGUAAUUAUUUACUCAACCUCAUGUUGUUUUAAACCCGCAUGACAUUUCUGCACUCUUAAAAACUCUGGUUCUGUCAGGAACUUCCUAUACUGUACAGUAUAGAUCCUUUUAGAACAUUUUAUGGAUUUAGUUUCAAUUUAUUUUUAAUUUGAAUAAAAUUUUAUGAAUGAAA